GCGGGGCGCAGCGCCCCUCCCGCCCGGGCGGCGACGCGGCGUUCCCGGCAGCGGCUCCCUUCGCGCUGCCCGCCAUGGACGCGCGGGCGGCGGGGCCGGGCUGUACAACCUCAACUCCCUCAGCUUGUAUGGGAGGUGCUCCAGGCCCCUGAUCAUCUUCGUGGCUCCCUCUGGACCUGUUCCAACAGCUCCAUCUCCUCUUACGUUGGGGAUUCCGGACCUGGACCAGGGCUGCAGGCGGGGUCUCACCGAGCACGGCAGAGGUGCAGGAUCCCUUCCCUCUCCCCGCGCUGCCUUGGAUGCGGCCCGCGACACGCUUGGCUCUGGGCUGCGGGCUCCUCGCUCAGCGCCGCCACACACGGAACAGCCUGCAGCCUCCCUCCCGACAGCCGGCCACGAGCAUUUCUCGAGGCAUGGGGCGGGGCCGGCCCGAGCGCGGCCGGAAGUUCCCGAGGCCGCUCGGGUCAGGGAGCCGAAGUUUCCAGAGGCCGCUCGGGUCAGGGAGCCGAAGGUUCCCGAGGCCGCUCGGGUACGGAGCCGAAGGUUCCCGAGCGCGCUCGGGUCAGGAAGCCGGGGCGGGGGCGGCGCCCGAGCGGGAGGCGCGCUGGGCCCGUGCGCAGGAAUGGAGGGGAAAAAACUGAUUUCUGCAACAGACGCACAGUAUUCUAGUGUGCUCCUUCAGUCUUUGAAUGAACAACGUGACCAUGGACUGUUUUGUGAUGUUACUGUCAUUGUGGAGGACCGGAAAUUUCGAGCUCACAGAAACAUCCUUUCGGCCUCAAGCACCUAUUUUCACCAACUUUUCUCAAUGGCUGGGCAAGUGGUUGAACUGAGCUUUGUAAGAGCAGAAAUUUUUGCAGAAAUUCUAAACUAUAUUUAUAGCUCCAAAAUAAUCAGCAUUCGAUCCGAUUUACUUGAUGAACUGAUUAAGUCAGGGCAACAGCUGGGUGUUAAAUUCAUAGCUGAUCUGGGUGUAUCUCCAUCUGAAGCAACAACUGUGCCAGGCCAGGUCAAAGGCGGUGCUUCAGGAACUUCAGCUUCUACUCCAGGUCAAAAAGAUGCUGAAACACAAGUAUCUGUUAUUAGGCCAGAGGGUCCAGAGGUAACAGAUGGGAUGCCGGUUAUAACACAGUCAUUCUCCUUACAUGGCAUAGAAUAUGCCACCACAAAGAUUACAGUGAGCGAUUCAGAUGAUGAGGAUGAUGAUGUAAUUUUUUGCUCUGAGCUCGUUCCUCCAAAAGAAUGUACUAAAGAUAAAAAUGCUGCAACCCAGAACCAGCUUUGCCCAAGUCCAGCUGGAAUUUCUGACCAGAAAUCUUGUGGCAGUGGUGGUUCUCCCCAUUUGACAAGCACAGCAGCAGCUCAAAGACUCGCUUCAUCUGCCAGUCAGCUAAGCCCAAACCAAACACAGCCGAGUGCCGAAUCACUUGUCUCUGCGACACUGCAGCAUUUAACUCCUAAUAUCAUUGUACUAAAUAAGCCUCUGCUUAACUCGUCGCUCAGUGCCGGCCCCUCGCAUCAAACGCACGUGACCCCGACAAUUAAUUUGCUUGAGGAGAACCAGCAGCCAUCUGAUAAAGGCUCCUCAGCUGAAGUGGAAACAACUGCUGUGGAUGAUGAAGAGGUUGUUGAAGAUGAUGUUGAUAUCAUUAGCUCCUCUAGUCCUGGUUCGGUAAGCAGUAGCUCUUUGGUUCAGCAAUCUUCUGUACCCAAGGCAGCAGACGCUGAAGGAUCAGGCGUACAGAAAAAACAGGUUGUUACAUUUUCACAAGAGACAUCUUCUAAACCUGGAGAAUUUAAAAUAAAGAUCUCAGAUGUCCGUACUGGAAACAACAAGGAAGCCAAUUCAGGCACAGCAUCAACACACGUGGCAGAAGGGCAGAAAAUCAUAACGUUAGAUACAGCAACAGAAAUAGAAGGCUUGUCCACAGGCUGUAAGGUUUAUGCAAACAUUGGUGAGGAUACAUAUGACAUAGUCAUUCCUGUAAAGGGUGAUUCUGAGGAAGGCGAAGCCAAAGCUGAUGAAACUCCCAGAACAUCUGGUGGUGAUUCUGCAAACAGGAAACGCAUGAAAGUAAAACACGAUGACCAUUACGAGCUCAUUGUGGAUGGAAGAGUCUACUACAUUUGUAUUGUGUGUAAGAGAUCAUAUGCCUGUCUGACAAGUUUACGGAGACAUUUUAAUGUUCAUUCCUGGGAGAAAAAGUAUCCGUGUCGAUAUUGUGACAAAGUUUUUGCUCUUGCAGAAUAUCGUACAAAGCAUGAAAUUCACCACACUGGUGAGCGAAGGUACCAGUGCUUGACCUGUGGCAAAUCUUUCAUCAACUACCAAAUUACGGCAUCCCACAUAAGAUCAGCUCAUAGCCAAGACCCUUCUGGAGAUAACAAGCUUUAUCGAUUGCAUCCUUGCAGGUCUUUGCAGAUCAGACAGUAUGCGUAUAUUACUGAUCGCUCAAGCAGCGUACCAGGAAUAAAUGAGGGUGGAAUUGUUUAUCGUGUUGGGGCAGGGAAGGAUGGUGCCGAAGGAACAACAUCUAACUCUCCAGCCAAACAAAUGAGCUGGGAAGACAUUUUCAUUCCACAGGGAAAUGAAGCAACUUUUAAACAAAAUCCAUCAGAGGGAAGUACUGAAUUUGAGUUUGUAAUACCAGAAUCUUACUGAAUGCUGGAAAAAAGGAUUCGGUGCAGAAAUAUUGCAGCUGUUUUAAAUGACUGUUAAAAUCACUAUAAAAUUAAAAAGAUGUUAAAGUCAAAACAAGUUCACUGGUUCUGCCAAGUCAUCAAAUGGUAGUGCUUGGAUAGAUCAUGAGUAGCUGCAAAUGAUUUGUGGAAGCUAUUAAUCUGAAAGUUCACUUGAGAGUAAGACAUUUCCAAUGCUGGCAGUGUUUUCUGGUCUUUUAAUUUUGAUCAAAUUGUGGGGAUUUCUAGCUUGAAAAGGCACCAUUUCUUCUGAAGAGCUAGAAAUCUCUUCUAAAGUAAUUGAGGUAUUUCCUGUACCCAUUCUUACUAAUGUAAACCCUUUCUUUCACGUUAGCACUUUAAUGCUGAAUUGUGUUUAGACGUUAACCAAGAAAACGGUCAGAUUUUUCAUCGUGGUCUCUUGAAUACAGAACCAUUCUUUAACAAAAAUCCCACAACUCAUAUUUAUUUUUGUGAACAGUGCGUUACUGCAGGGGUCCAAAAUAACUGAUCCAGUAGUUUGGAGUAGUGUAUUUUUGAACUAGCAUCUUAGUUCUGCUUUUAUAAGCACUAUGAAUUGUGUCUUCAUGCAAACAAUCUUGCCAACAAUAGGGCUAACCUGAAGAAACAUGAUUAAUGCUUGGCAGCAUGGCGAGCAGAGCAUUCACUGUCUGGACCAUUAUGUUUUACUCUUUGCUAUGCGCUUAUCCCCCACCCCAAAAGCUCAAUGGUGAAGAAGCACUUAGGAAGGAGGUAAUUUUGCCUAUUCAAAGCCUAAGGAAUAAUGUUAGGUUUUCUUUCUACUGGAAAAGAUGCCAGUAGUUAGUUUGGAAUAAAGUGCUGUUCCUUUUUUUGCUCUUCAAGGGCUUCAGUCUGGUAUUUAAAAAAAAGUAAAGCUUACGAUAAAAGUAAUACUUUUUUAGCUGAAGGCUUUGAAAUUUAGCUCUCAAAGCUAUGAAAAAAUCCAAGUGCUGUAUCAGUUUAGGACUGAGGCGGCUGAGGAUCUUGUAUGCUUAUGUGGCCAGAUCUUUAAGUAAAACAGGGAUUUAGAUUUCACCCCCCAACCAUUUUCAGGGUGUUGAAAUAUGAAGACUAAGGUAUCAAAAAUACCCUCCAUCCAUCGUAAUCCAAAGCAUCACUUCUCUGCAGUUGUGUAGUCAUCAUCUGUUUUCAGUUUUGGGUUUAUUGUCCUUUUUUUUCCCCCUCCUUGCAGCUGGUCCUGGUUUAGGCACUUAGAAGAUAAAUUAGAUGUCCAUCUUGAACAGGCAACAGUAGAUCUGAGAGAAACAAACAGCUGUUUACCAGAGUCAUAGUUUAGCAUUUCAGGUUUAGUGACUUUUUGUAAAUGGUUAAUACGAAAACUGCUCAAGUCCUAGAGAUGACUUGACAUUGUUGUGCAUAGUACUAGUUAGCUAUUGUAACUUUUCAUGGCUUAAAUUACUGGUAAAGGUUUUUCUUUUCUUUUUCAUGUUUUAAAUAAGCAUCUUGAUUGUAUGACGUUCAAGGUUAAGGUUUUGGACAUACAGUGCUCUAGACAGAAAGACAUUUAAAUGGUUCAAACACAACUUGUGCUAUAAAAUAGGGUACCAGAAAUCUAUAUGAGGAAUGAUGGGAGAAAGAGGAGGAUUUGUUCACCUUAUGCAUGUAAUGCUCAGCACUUCUGUUUGGUAGGCUGGAAAUGUGAUACACAUGGUCAUUUUCAGAUCAGAUUGCAGACCCUUUUGAAUAUAAUGGAGUGGUUUUCACAUCUUACAGGCUGGGUGCUGUCCGAGAUGGCGUUUCAGGAGUCGAAUGUAAUCCUCCUAAGACCUAGGGACUGAUUGCCUGUGUUGGCACAAGUAGCCGUGACGUAGCCGAGCUGGCUGUGUGCUGGAUGGAGAGUUCCCAAACUUUUUGUCAGGGAAAUACAAAGUUAUGUUUGUUUUUGCCAUGACAUAUCUGGACUUAAGCGAAGUGUACAUUCAGUAAUAAUUAAACAUAAUAGCUAUCAGUAUUUGCUGCUGAUAUAUUUAAAACUUUAAAUUAAACUGUGCCUACUAAAGGUCUCUUUUUGGAGGAAAACUGGAAAAUUAGGGCUUUGUAACUAUUUUGCUAGAAGACUCGUGCUUGCAUGUCUCAGGGUCUUCAAGUUUCCUUGGAAGUGAUUUUUUUUUGAUAUCCGAAGUCCAGAGGUCAUGUAAAGCAUUUUUUAAUUUCAUUUCCAAUAUUUAUUGGUUUGGAAUCACGUUAAAUCCAUUCUUAAACUUUUUGUGGGGCCAUGGGCUUUUAUAUAUUUGGGGUUUUGUUUGUUUUUGUAAACACUUAGCUUACAGUUUAACUUAAUGGAAAACCUUAUGUAAAUACCGAGAAAUUGGCUUUGGGGUAAUGGAAAAAGAAGAUGGAAUCUAAAAAAAGCAUUUAUAUAAAAAUAAAAAAAUUAAACAGAGUAUGGUAAAAACCUCACGGUCAUUUAUACGCAUAUAAAAAUGUUAACGGAUCUGCUGCAAAAUAUGAUGAUGGUGGCUGAAUCCUCACUGUCUGGUUUCUUUGGGGAUUCUUGCCAUAGCAUUCCAUUUGUGAAUUAAAAAACUAUUGAGAUAACAAUUGCCUGCUUAUUUAUUUUGUACUGUUAAGGCAUGCAGCUUAUAAAAAGAUGCAGAAGCUGACAACAAUAUACACUGACCAUUGGCUCUACAGCUAUUGCCUAGGAACUGCUCUCACGAAACGUUGAUCGCUUUUGCCAGAUCUGUAAUGUAUAUAAGUUGUACAGUCUUCCCUUAACAUACUUUUUAAAGUUGUGUUCUACUUUUCAUUAAUCAAUACUCGAUAUUAGUUCUUAGAGCUUUCUAUGGCAAAAAUAAAGAAUUUAAAUUCUAAAAAGAGAUGUAGCAUGUUUCUUUUUAACAACAGCUCAACUUCUAACAUGUUACAUUACCAACAGUUUGUAACUUCCUUUUCCAGGUCUUUGGGAACAGCAGGGAAUUCCGGGGUGUGUGCAUGUGUGUUUAUUUAGGGCUUAGGUUUUUUUGUGGGUUGGUUGGUUUGGUUUGGUUUUGUUUUGGUUUUUUUUUGGUUGAGCAUUUUGCAAGAAAGCAAAUUAGGUGAAAAACAUAGUGAUGUGAAUUCUUAUCCAAGUGUUGUGAUAGACACUUGUGGAAGAGACAGAGCUACUGUGGAACAGUCUGUCCCACCCCUGCUUUCAUUGCAAAUGAACAAGAACUCAAGAAUUUGCCAGGUGAGCAGCACAGUGCAUUUCAGCUAACCCAUGGCAGGGACUUCUCUUCUUACCAGGUUGCUGGCUAGUUAGAUUGUUGGUGAACUAUGGCUAUCACUGAGAAAACUAGUUACUUCAGACAGGCUUCUUAUGACAGGUAAGGAAUGCAGUUUAACGUAUCCAGUGAUGUUUCAGAUACUUUUGUCUCCUUGGCGUAGGGUUUGCACCUACUUCUGCUAACAUCGAAGAGCAGCUGGCAUCAUCAGGACAGAAUUAGGCCCAAAGUAAUACAGCAAAUGUGAAAAGAAGUAAAGGAAACAUGGACACUGCACUGGCUGGAUUAUUGGCCUCUGUUAACUCAAAAAUCAGCAGUACCGACUUUACAGUGACUGAUGUCAGGGCACCUUGUUAUGUGGGUAAAACUGCAGAACCAUGGCUUGUGGAGGUAUCUGGGGCUUUUAAACACAGGACUCAAAAGAAGGUGUCUCUGGCUAAUCCUGGCAGAAAUACCACUUCCCAUGACAGCAAAUACACUUCUUUUUUUAACGCACAAUGUUAUUUUACUGGAGUUCCUCAUCUAGCAUUAAAGAUGCUUGCGAAACAGGGAAUCGCUAGAAUGUAAAAUGCAAUUUAUAAAUGUUUACAAAAGACACAAUUUUAUUUAACUUUGGUAAAGUAAUAAAAGGGUACAUAUGAGUCACAAUCUGGACAUUUUCAUAAGAAAUGAUGAAUACAGUGCAGAAAGUCGCAUUUACAUGAAACGCUUAGUUUUACUCAAGCAGAAGGAAACGAGUAAUUCAACAGAAAAUCCCACCGGUCAUUUUUCAAAUGUGAAAAUGGACUUGUCCUUUUACAGUGAAUUUAAAGCAGCAAUGUAAUUUUUGCUUAACUAUUCCGUAGAAAAAAAGGAGAAUUUGGAUAAUUGUAUUUCGUAUUUGUCAACUCAAAACCAAUGACGGAUUCAUUUCCUAAUUGUUUCUCUGCCACCAAGGUCUGUCCCCCUCGGGAGCGUCUUAGUCCUGCCCUGCAGUGUCCCCUAGUCCUUCUAGCCCUAUUUAGUUGACAGGCACAAAUGGUAGAGAGUGGUUGUCAGAAGUGGGACAGGACUGUUAGCUCUUAUUUCAAAGAUGCAGCAGUAAUGUGUUUUCUGAUAUUAACUUCACGUGCCCUCCUGAUUCUAGUUUUGCGAGGAGUUUUCUCACGAGAAGUACUGCCUGUUUUGUCACCGCUCGUGAUCUCUUCAUCGAGAUUUAAUUCAAGAAAAUGUAAUAUAAAACAGAUGACGCCCCAGUAGAUAGAUUUAUUUCCAUUGUGCAAAUUUAUAGGAGCUGCACUUCAACAAUCUAGAGUAAAAUGAAGCAUCACCAGGGUAUGUUCUGUAUACACUACUGCUUUAAAUCCCAUGAGUUAUUCCUUUAUCCAGCUGUUUAUUUUUUCGUUCUUACUGAAGAACAGUUACACUUGCCUCUGGAUAAACAGCAUCAUCCUUUAGCUUAAUACACUGGUAAGUAUUUGACAGCAGAAAUGAUAAGGUUAGCACAUAGCCUAGCCUAAAGGCUUUGCAAAUGCAUAGGAUUAAAAACAGCACUGUAAAGUGUGGGUGUACUUUGAAAAGUGAGAUCAGUGUUUCUUUUUCCAUUUUGACAGUAUUUCUUUUUUUUUUUUUAAGACUAUAGUAGAGAGAUGCCACAGUUUAAAAUCCAAUUGGAUUCCUCCCCCAGCAUGUAUUCCACUUUGAGAUUCUAAAAGCCAGAUUUAGCUUUUAGAUACUGUUUUUUUCUGCAUCAGUUGAAAGUAAAGGUAUACAAUUGAGGAUUAGGGUCAACAAUCUAAACCAAGGAAAUUAAACCUCUAGGAAAUAAGGAGUAAAAUGUCAAUACCUUAUUUUUAUCCCUGAAGCACGCAGUUGAGAACACUCAGAUGGAGCAGCUUGGAUCUGAAUGCUGUCAUCUGAAAUCACUUCCCAGAGUAGAACCACACUUUACAGGACAGUGGUCAUAUAACAAAGCUGACCUUUUGUUAUGCAGGAUGCAUGCAAAAUCUGUUGGAAUCUAGAUCAAUCAGCACACUCAUCAGCUGAAGAUUAAAUGAAAGUCACAGCAAUAAAUGCAAAAUCUUAUCAGUUUCAUCCUAUAUUACAGGGUGUUGAAUUUUAUCCAUGUGAGACUUAACACUUUGGAGAACUAGUAGUGGAUAUUCCUUAUGUGCAGCCCAUAAUACAGCUACUAAAACAGUGCUUAUUCAGGGUGUUGAUUCAGUCCAUUAAAAAAGUUAAAAGUACAACCUUAAAAAAAAA